AAUACAAAAUGAUUGAGAUUGAGAAUACAUAUUUACUAUAUGUUUCUUGCAAGCGAGGUAAAAUUGGAAGAAAACAAAAGAAACAGAGAGAAAGAGAGUGAAUAAUUCCUCGUGACAGAAAGGGAGCGAAACACAUGGGAGGGAGGGACACACAAACCCACAAUGUCCACAGAAACCAGACCAAUGCAAGAUCCACAACAACAUCAAUCCAACCCUAACCCUAAAUUCAUCUCCAUCAACAACGCCAGCUCCAACAAUCCCAACCCCAAAUCCAAUCCAAUCCCUCUCCCCAGAAGCAUUGGCAUUUCCAACAAUGCCAAUGCUUCUGGAGUAGCUGCCACGUCAUCGUCUUCUUCCUCGCUCACAUCAUUGACUUUGACAAUGCUGGGCAAUUCCAACGCCCCUCGACCUUUCAUCCGAGAAGAAGCUGGCGCAGCAGCAGCAGCAGCAGCGGAAGCUGGACCCCACCAUCACAAUAGCCACAGGAGGGCCCACUCGGAGGUGAGCUUCCGGUUGCCUCAGGACAUGAUGGAUCUGUCCGCGCCGGAUCAGUCCAAGGGCGGAUCGUCUACGGCGAGUCUCGAUGAGAUGGGAUCGGAGGAGGACCUCUUCUCCACCUACAUUGACCUCGACAAGCUCGGUGGGUGCAAUUGCUCGGAUCAGAGCGGCGGUGGUAAUAAUGGGCCCAAUGGUGGGCCUGAUGAUGGGUCUGGUGAGCCCAAUGUAAAUGAUGGUGGUGGUGAGGGAGAAGAGAAGAGGUCGUCGAGGCACAGGCAUAGCUGCUCCGUGGAUGGGUCGUCCACGUCAACCGGUGUGUUUGGGGAGGUCAUGGAGGCCAAGAAGGCCAUGCCUCCUGAUAAGCUCGCUGAGCUCUGGAACCUUGAUCCCAAACGCGCCAAAAGGAUACUGGCAAAUAGGCAGUCUGCUGCUCGCUCAAAAGAAAGGAAGGCUCGCUAUAUACAAGAACUUGAACGCAAAGUUCAGACCCUUCAAACAGAAGCCACCACUCUCUCUGCCCAACUCACAUUAUUCCAGAGAGAUACAACAGGUCUGAGUACUGAAAACACAGAGCUUAAGCUUCGGUUACAAGCUAUGGAGCAACAAGCUCAGUUGCGUGAUGCACUAAAUGAAGCACUGAAGAAGGAGGUCGAGAGGCUCAAGAUUGCCACAGGGGAGAUGAUGAGUCCUUCUGAAUCAUUCAAUUUGGGAAUGCACCAGAUGCCAUACAACCAUCCAUCAGCUUAUUUUCCACUUCAACAACAACCCGGACCUGCUGGUCACCAGAACAUGCAGAUGCCACAAUUCAAUCAUUCCCAGUCUAAUAUGCCAACCCAUCAUCUGCAUCAAUCAAAUUCUCAUACUUUUUCAGAUAUUAUGCAGAACGGACCUGUUGGUCAGUUACAGGGGCUUGACAUCGGUACCAAAGGAGCACCUCUCGUGAAGUCGGAAGGCCCCUCGCUUUCUGCAAGUGGAAGUAGUACCACUUUUUGACACAACAAGCUGGCUGCUGAUCUUCUGACCUGUCCAUGGCACGGUAUCUGGUAGAUUGUUCAUAGAUUGACAUCCGAUCAUUUAGAGAGGCUACCCUAUAUUUAUUUUAUUAUUUAUUAAAUUUGUGUCGAGGAUUCAUUCUUAAUUGUUUAUUCUUAGGGCUGUGUUCCCCAAAAAGGGGAAGCACCCUUUUCAUCAGUCUGUUCAAUAUUUGAAUUUUUGGUUUUAUGGGUGGGUGCUAGAAAAUCUGGGAAUGGAAUGUGAUUCCCAUGGGCAUAUAGGGAAUGCUAUCGGGACAGCAGCAUUCUCUUUCCUUUGUAUCUUGUUUUGUUUAAUACCUUGUAAACUUUGUGCACUACUGUGAUUGUUCUAUCUCAUGAAAUACAAAUGCCCUUGUUGUCCG